CUGGAGGAGCUCCGUCGGCUCUCCGGAUCCACAACACCUCCUGCUUGUGUUUGUGUGAGUCGCCGUACCACCUCGACCGGAGGACUCCACAAAGAGAGGGCUCCGGUUCUCUAGAGGUUUUCAAGUUCUGGACCGACGGAGAGAAGAAACUACCUGGCUGUCUUCACUUCUAAGCGGUGAUAGAGCUAACAAGCUAACCGGGAAUGUUUCCUUAAAUCAGUUAGCAUGCUAGCUAGCUCCGUCGACUGUUGAAUUUUUUCUCAGAAAUAGUCAGUUCUUUUAUUAACUUUAUUUUUUAAUAUUUAUAAACGCUGUUGGUUACUCGCUAGGCUUUGUUUGAGACCGGGCAACCGUUGGCUUUGUGUCGGAGUUCACAGUUUCAGGGGACAAUAGUGCCAGGUCAGGCAACAAGUUUGGCUCCUCCACAUCCACACUUGGAGUUUCGAACUCCUUUUUUAAAAUUCUCAGACAUGGCAUCUCCGGAGUGGAAGUGGACAUUUUAAAUUCAAAGUGGGUUGAGUUUGGAAGGUACCUCUUGUGUGGUAAACCGGGCAAACUUUGCCAGUUAAUCGAUUAGUGAUUGACGCAAGAGACGAGGUGGAUGUCCAUUAAAAGUCGCCCACAUGCGUUGGAUCAGGUCCCGGACUUGUGAAAGGCAUCUGAAGGUGGGAGACGUGAACGCACAGAAGCCCUUGCUGCCCGGGGGAAGAUGGCGGAGCGAUCCCACAGGAGGCGGUGAAGACACAACUUGGAGACUCACUGGAUUUACCGACUCUUAUCUCAGAUCGGAGGACACAUGCAGGCCAAAAAACGCUACUUAAUUCUGUUCUCCGCCGCUGCUUGUCUCAUACUGUUAUUCUGCAUUGGGGGGAUACACAUACCGCUAUCCAGGCGGGCUCAGAGCCGACGUGAUGGCCGGACUCUCGGCGGCUAUCAGCCCGGGUCGCGGUGGCGUCGCUCCCCGGGGUCGCUGCAGUCCUUCGGCGCCCCUGAUCAGGACUACACGGACGACACUGACGGACACUUUUCUCCGAGACAGAAGCGGGAUGCCGGUGUUUACUAUGGCAACAGAUGCAGGAUGGAUUCCUGCUUUGACUUCUCUCUGUGUGAGAGGAAUGGUUUUAAAGUUUACGUCUACCCCCAACAGAAGGGGGAGAAGAUGUCUGAGAGCUACCAGAACAUCCUCUCCUCCAUAGAAGGGUCUAGGUUCUACACACCGGACCCAGGACAGGCUUGUUUGUUUGUGUUGAGUUUGGACACUUUGGACAGAGACCAGCUCUCGCCUCAGUAUGUGCACAACCUUAGAGCUAAGAUUCAGAGCCUCCCCUUGUGGAAUGGGGGCAAGAACCACAUCAUCUUUAACCUGUACUCUGGGACUUGGCCCGACUACACGGAAGACCUGGGCUUUGAUAUUGGACUGGCCAUGUUGGCCAAAGCCAGCAUCAGCACUGAGAACUUCCGGCCAAAUUUUGACGUGUCCAUCCCGCUUUUCUCAAGAGACCACCCCAGGACAGGAGGGGACAGGGGUUUUCUAAAACACAACACCAUUCCUCCUUUCAGGAAGUACAUGCUCGUUUUCAAGGGGAAGAGGUACCUCACUGGAAUAGGAUCUGACACGAGGAACGCUUUAUAUCAUGUUCAUAAUGCAGAGGACGUGGUCCUGCUCACCACUUGCAAGCACGGGAAGGACUGGCAGAAGCACAAAGACGCCCGCUGUGACAAAGACAACGCAGAGUAUGACAAGUACGACUACAGGGAGAUGCUCAACAACUCAACGUUCUGUCUGGUACCCCGAGGGCGACGGCUGGGUUCCUUUCGCUUCUUGGAGGCUCUCCAGGCUGCCUGCGUGCCUGUGAUGCUCAGCAACGGCUGGGAGCUGCCCUUUUCCGAGAUCAUCGACUGGAAUACUGCUGCGGUGAUCGGGGAUGAGCGACUGCUUCUCCAGAUUCCCUCCACGGUGCGCUCCAUCCACCAGGAUAAGAUCCUCUCCCUCAGACAGCAGACGCAGUUCCUGUGGGAGGCUUACUUCAAUUCUGUGGAGAAGAUAGUCCUGACAACACUGGAGAUCAUCCAGGACCGGGUGCUGCGGAGAACGUCCAGGAGCAACCUGAUGUGGAACAGCCUCCCCGGUGGUCUCUUCACGCUGCCCCAGUACUCCACGUACCUCGGAGACUUUCCUUUCUAUUACGCCAAGCUGGGUAUCAAGCCAUACCCCAAGUUCACAGCCAUCAUUCAUGUCGUGACCCCGCUGGUGUCCCAAUCCCAGCCGGUCAUGAAACUGCUGGUGGCGGUGGCCAAAUCUCAGUACUGCGCACAGGUGAUCGUUCUGUGGAACUGCGAGAAGCCUCUUCCUGCGAAACAUCGCUGGCCAGCCACCUCAGUUCCUGUCCUGGUUAUCGAAGGAGAGAACAAGGUGAUAAGCAGCCGCUUCCUACCGUACGACACCAUCCCGACCGAUGCCGUUCUCAGCCUGGACGAGGACACUGUACUGUCCACCACAGAGGUGGACUUUGCCUUCACCGUAUGGCAGAGUUUCCCGGACCGUAUCGUGGGUUAUCCCGCCCGCAGCCACUUCUGGGAUGGCAACAAGGAGCGCUGGGGUUACACGUCCAAAUGGACCAAUGACUACUCCAUGGUGCUGACUGGUGCUGCCAUCUAUCACAAAUACUAUCACUACCUGUACACCUCUUACCUACCAGCAAGUCUGAAGUCCAUGGUGGACCAGAUGUCCAACUGCGAGGACAUCCUGAUGAACUUCCUUGUGUCUGCCGUGUCUAAGCUCCCGCCUAUCAAGGUCACCCAGAAGAAACAGUACAAGGAGACGAUGAUGGGACAGAGCUCCCGGGCUUCCCGCUGGGCCGACCCUGACCAUUUUGCUCAGCGACAGACCUGCAUGAACAAGUUUGCCAGCUGGUUUGGCACCAUGCCUCUGGUCCAUUCUCAGAUGAGGCUUGACCCGGUGCUGUUCAAAGACCAAGUGUCCAUACUGAGGAAGAAGUACAGGGACAUCGAGAGGCUAUAGCCCUUCCGAGCCCCCCCGCUCUCUGGACACGAGUGAGGGGGCGGACUUGUGGAGCGAUCACAUGGAGGAAUCCGUGGAAAGGCAUAUGGGACCAGCUGCAGGGGGGAGCCGAGCAGAUGUUUGGGAGAUUUCUGCGUCCUUGGCCAAUGUUCUCUACCUUCAAUCGCUUGUGUUGUUUGGAUGCAGAGUUGCUGAGCACACCGGACCCUCCGGAGCUACCACCCACUGAAGGACACUGAGAGUCUGCCAUUUGUUCAUGUUACGAAAUCAACUUGUUUUCCCUGUAUUUCUUUGCAAACCAAAUCUAAAUUUGUGAACUUCUUUUCUCUACAUGUAAAUAACACCAAAACUUGAGCAUGAAGUGAACAGUGUCUGAAUCAGAGGUCCCAACAAGCCCGGGUACCAAGGUCAAACCAUUCAAAAGCCCUCACAGACAACCAAGCAGUUCAACAAGGCCUUUUCUUCCAAGGCGCCCAGAUGCUUCUGGACCUUUUCACAAACCCUAUGAAGUAUUUCCUCUUCCUCAGAGCCUUACAGUUCCAGCCGAGCGUCUAAGAAGGUAGAACAUCCAUGCAGUAUUAAGUGGGCAACCUCAUUCCUGGCACUGGAAGACUGGUCAGUGGUCCUAAAGUCCACUUGACCCUGAAGAUUCAGUCUCCAGGAAGUUCCCACGACCCAUAGGACUAACAUCCUCUUCUCAAAGACCCAUAGUGUCUCUGCCUGGCAUGCUGGUUACUCGAGUCACUCGUGUCACGCAUGGACAGAACCUCUUCCCUUUUACCCAGAAUAAGCAAACGGCAGUAAUCUAGACACUUAAAACAAUGUCCCCGUUACUGAGAGCUUUACAAUUUAGAGCCUGGAUCCUGGGUUCUUGCCGACUUCUUCAUCCACCCCUCCUGAAACCGCAAUGUAGAAGAGAAACAAAUGGCAGGAUCAGACCUGGAGUCUUUGGGAAUGUCCAUCCUUGAAGGAAGCGUCCCACUCCGAGGUAGUGGGCAUGAAUUUGCCACCUGUGGUGAACCUUUGACAGGACAUGUGGCCCAAGAAUUGGUACUUUGGGCCACAAAAGCAGCCAGCACUGCUGGUUAUUUGGAAACCCACCAAAACAUUCCCUUUCACAUUGGUACCAUGUUUGUUCCACACUUACACUCGUGAGAUUACAGUCAUGAAAGUCAUAGUACUUCUUGGUGCAGGGGUUUGAUGGGACCUCCAACAUGGAUGUUAGACUGUGGGAUGUCGAUAUGUAGAGAGAAGUAGGUUCUGGAAAAGUAGCUCCACGAUUAGGAAACAAUGUUGCGCCUUUUUCCUGGUCAUUUUGUUGAAGAAACAUUCAUGCUCAGAUUCAUAGGACUUUCGGGGAGUUGGAGAUGACUAAACCCGCUCUGCACUCUAUGCACAGAUUCACUUGUUUUCGUCUGCUUUUUCCUCAUAGUCUUAAAGUUCCCACUCCCUGAAGAUUCCGAGAGGACAACACUGUUUCGGAAGCACUUGUGCAAUUUUUAUACUGUUUUUAUUUUCAUAAACUCCCUCUGUAGUCUUAACAAUGGCGGGUUUGGGUGGAGAGAGGACUGACGGCGAGUCACAGUGCCUCCGUUAUCACACGGUGUCAGAGUCAGGAGCUGCUGCUUUCUGUGUUCUUGAUAAUCAGCCGAAUGUUGUCGGGAACUCUUCGGGACAUCUUCUCUCACAGGAGCGUCACAGAAUUGUUGCCAUUCUUAGACUCUAACAGCCUGAUUCUCUGUGAUCUCACUCCAGUGACUGGACUGAGGAGCAGGAUGACUGGAGACGACUUGGGAGCUGGCAAAAUCAAAUCUGCUGCUGGUUUGUCUGGAAACCACCGUGAUUGUUCAUUCUGAUAUCAAAUUAUCGCUUGUAUCAAAGGAUCCAGAAAGUGAUCUGAACUUGAAGGCAUCACGGGCAUUUUUUGUGUUCACACUUUAACUUUCUUAAAGGACGGUUGCCCUCACUGCAUUGUUUCUAGAGCCCCAGAACAACCAGGCCAGCGGUGCCCUUGUGUGAAGUCAAACUGAAGUCUUUAAAAUAUUUUUGUAACUGUUAACCAAAAUACCUACUCCACAUAGUUCUCAGUUUGUUGUUCUCUUGCUGUUCUAAUUCCUCUGGUCAAAAUUUCUGAGGUUAAAGUACAAAUUUCAGGAAUUUGCUUCCAAAUAUUCAGAUUUUAAAAUUCUCAACAGCCUCUGUUGCCCACUCGCCCCUCACUGAGUUACUUGGAAAUACUGUGUGAGGACACCAUUUUCUGAGUUUGAAAAAAAAAGCUUUUACACCUUAAAGAAAAUGAAUUACUGAUUCAGAAUUAUAUGGUCUUCCAUUACUUCCGAAAUACUAGUUUUUGUUUUUUUUUAAUUCAUGUUGCGUUUUGUCAACACAUGAAACUGAAAAGUUCUUGCAGUUGGAAAUUCCAAUUUGAUCGAGAUAUCGCACAAGGGCCUCGCACUUGUUGCAUGGUCAUGUCAGCCACUCAGUUAACACUAUUUAAAUCAACCCAUUUUAGAAUGCUUGUCUUUGUUUUUUUUUUUUUUGUUUUUUGUUUUUUGUUUUUUUAACUUGGAUGUAUUAUCCAUUUAGCAUCGACUCGUCAUAUCAAGGCCACGAAUGGUUCCAGUUGUUGCUUCACUGUACUGUGCCAAUACAUUCAUGACUUUAAGGGAUGCCAUGCAUCCUGCUUUUCGUCAGCCCAUUUUUACGUGAAAGGAAUGAGUGAAUGUUCAGGGCUGCUGCUCCGAAUGUUGUCUGCUCGAUUGCAAGCAAACAAUCCGAGCGUUACUGAAGCUGAAUCGCAUUUCAGAGGUGAACCAGGUGCAAUAUAGAAGUCUUCUCUGUGUGGGGAUGUAGAAGAGGUGAACAAAUUAUGUGCCUUUAAGUAGGAAAACAUCAAGCAACAGGUCCAUCCUUUCAUUUCACUGCGUCUGCAUGCAGUGAACCACUGGGACUGCCGUUUGACCCGUCGUCUCGAUCAAGCGUUUCAUUGCACUGACACACGUAGUUGGUUGUGUAUAAGCACACACACAGUAUUUAUCAGAACUGUUCAUCCUCUGCAUCUCUGCCUGUGUCCCUCACGUUCUUCCUGGAUGAUUUUUGUAAAGAGUUUUAUAAAAAAUCAAGAAAUAAAUCGUUUGAUAUA